AUGGACUUCCAGCAGCUGGCAGAGGUCGCGGAGAAGUGGUGUUCCAGCACGCCCUUUGAGCUCAUCGCCGCCGAGGAGACCGAGUGCAGGAUAGACUUCUACGCCGACCCGGGCGUCUCCUUCUACGUGCUGUGUCCGGACAACGGCUGCGGCGACAGCUUUCACGUGUGGAGUGAGAGCGAGGACUGCCUGCCCUUCUUACAGCUGGCGCAAGAUUACAUCUCUUCCUGCGGCAAGAAGACUCUCCAUGAAGUCUUGGAAAAGGUCUUCAAGUCCUUCAGACCUUUGCUGGGGCUUCCAGAUGCAGAUGACGACGCAUUUGAAGAGUACAGUGCGGUUGUGGAGGAGGAGGAGGAGCCAGAGGCGGAUCACCCCCAAAUGGGAGUGACCUUGCUGAGGAGAAGCAUGACGGAGGAGAAGCGCAGCCUGAACUUUUUAUGUCCCUUUUAAGUGUCCGUAAGUGAAAGGUUUUGAUUUGAAAGCAUGAGUUUUAAUAUCUAGUCAUGAUCUGCACACAUGCAAACGAAGAGGGGGAGAGCGGCUGAGGCUCGCUCCUCGGAUCCUGGGAGAGUUCACCAUCUUCGCAUUGGUUACCUGGGCAUGGAGCAGCCAGCCACCUGUCACUGUAAAUGUUUCGUGGCUGUUUGAUCAUUUUUAAAACAUGCUGAUUCCAAAGGCACCUGUGAAUUUUUGU